AUGGACGCCACCGAAAUGGACUGCUACACCGUCGGCAUCGAGGUCUUCCCCUUUGCCUAUAAACCACCACCGCCGCCAAAAAAGGUCGUUCCAGACAAGAUACUAGCGAUUUUAAAAAAGUACAAGCACAACUGGAGGUUGGACCAGCUGUCGAAACCGAAUCGUGUAACACCCAAGUACGUUUCUGACGAAGAAGGGAAACCUAUACAGUAUAAAAGACCGGAGGAAGUCAAGCUGGAUCCCGAGAUGGCUUUUUACUCAGACCAACUAGCUACGCCUGCGCUGAAGAAUUUGAUACACAACAAGAAAAUGUACUUCAACCUCAAAAUGAUGCGGAAGAGAUUCAGGACAAACCUGAACAAAGCUUGGAAUUCGAUUUACAACUACUACAGGAAAAGAGAGAGGGAUAAGAAAUUAAAGCAAAUGAAAAAAGAUAAGGAGCUCGAAAAGGGGAAAGGGAAACCCAAAGUGUUCGAGCAGAUGGAAACGCUGGCCAAACCGAAAAAAGUUUUCGUACCGCCACCACCGAAAGAGCGACCGAAACAAUUCCAUAACUUCGCACACCUCGACGUUUUGGCUUCACCGAAGGUCUAUAUAAUACAACCGCCAAAGAGAGAAGGGGUGAACCCUCACGCUCUGACUUACGAACCAACGGAAGUAGUGUUCAGGCUGGCAAAACUUCCCAAGCGUUUUGAAAAUUUGCCCAAAAUGUUGCAACCGGGAGUAGUUAAGAGAGCCGCCCUGAGAUACAAAAUAACGCCCAGAACAGAGGCGCUGUCCGUACCAAGAACGACGAGGGAAAAGGCCAAAGACGACGACGAUUUCGAUCCGUGGGCCAUACCGAAGAACGCCCUUAAAUAUAAGGCAACACCCCGUAUACUAGAUCUUGCCAAACCGAGAGAGAGAAGCUAA